UGGAGAAACAGGGGAAACAAAGAGUUCUGCAUAUAUAGAGAGGGAAACAGACUGCGUUUUGGUGACAGAUGAUACGUCGCCGCUGAAGGGGUUGGUUAAGGUCUUGGAUUUAAACCCAGUUCAGAUCAGUUAUGGCUGCCGGUUCUCUUCUCUUUAGACUGCUUUUGGUUCUUUUCACUCUCUCAGAUUCACCAGUCCAAAUCCUUGGUCUUGGAGUAGGAAUCAACUAUGGCCAAAUAGCAAACAAUCUUCCUUCUCCUUCACGUGUCUCCUACCUCCUCAGAUCCCUCAAUAUUAGCAGAGUAAAGCUGUAUGAUGCAGAUCCAAAUGUUCUUGUUGCCUUCUCCAACACAAAUGUUGAUUUCAUUAUCGGACUCGGGAACGAGUACCUUCAGAACAUGACUGAUCCUAUCAAAGCUCAAAACUGGGUUUUGCAGCGAGUUCAACCCCACCUUCCUCAGACCAGGAUCACUUCCAUCACUGUGGGGAAUGAGGUCUUCAAAACCAAUGAUCAUCAGCUAUGGUCUUAUCUCCUCCUAGCAAUGCAAACAGUUUACAAUACUCUCGUUGAUCUUGGCCUUGAUAAACAAGUAACUGUCACUACUGCGCAUUCUCUUGAUAUCUUAAGUGUGUCCUAUCCUCCUUCGGCUGGGGCUUUUAGGCAAGAUCUUGGAGAAUAUCUACAUGCAAUUUUGAAUUUUCACGCUCAGAUCAAGUCACCUUUCUUGAUCAAUGCCUAUCCCUAUUUUGCAUACAAGGAUAAGCCAAAUGAGGUGCCACUAGACUAUGUGCUUUUCCAGCCUAAUCAAGGGACAGUGGAUCCAAUAACCAAUUUGAUAUACGAUAAUAUGUUGUAUGCUCAAGUUGAUGCUGUUUAUUCUGCAAUCAAAGCAAUGGGACAUACGGAUAUUGAAGUCAGGGUUUCCGAGACAGGUUGGCCUUCCAAAGGGGAUGAAAAUGAAGUAGGAGCUACACCAGAGAACGCAGGACUGUAUAAUGAGAAUCUGUUGAAAAGAAUAGAAGAGAAACAAGGUACGCCAGGGAAGCCAAAUGUGCCAAUUGACAUAUAUGUUUUUGCUCUUUUCAAUGAGAAUUUAAAGCCUGGUCCAGCAUCAGAGAGGAACUAUGGCCUCUACUAUCCUGAUGGUACCCCAGUCUAUAACAUUGGAGUGCAGGGUUAUCUUCCUGAGUUGGUAUAUUCAUCACCUGGCACAAAGAAUGCAUUAUCUGUCUCCAGCGCUCUUCUGAUCUUGGUAUUUGCAUACUUGAUCUCUGCUUGAAAACAUGUGAAUUUGGCUAGUAAGGAAGGGAGGGAUCAUAAGGGAAAACAGUAUUGCUGGAGACAAUUCAAAUUCCAGAGGGCAGAAAAUUUAGUUGAGUUAUUCAAUGCCUUUUUAACUGUUAGAGCAUGCAUCAAUGAACAACCAUCACAGUUAUUCAUCCCUAUUUCUUGAAGUAGCAAUGUGGUCCAUGCUCACAUACAUGUGAGGCCAUGAUUGUUGGAUACAUUUACAUGUGAGUCUGGAUGGACUGUAGUGCACCAGAGCCUAAGCCUCAAAUUAGUUGAUCUUUCCUAGCUCAUGUCUCAUGAACUUGACCUGCAAUAGGCUCAUAGGAUUUAAAAUGUGCUGGCAAGUUUGGGUAUUUUCAUGUUUUUGACCUUGUUUCUAAUCCUUUGAACUCAGCAAAUAUUUGGCAUUGCGGCAGCUGAAGUAUUCAGGUUUCAGGGUUUAUUCAUAUUUAAGUGGGAUUUCUUGUGUCAUAUUGGCCCAUCAGGAGAUUGGGACAAUUAAGGAUUCUAUUUUCCAGACAGAUGUAUAUAUUAAGUUUUUUUUUUUUUUCUUUAAAAGAAAAAGGGUCUUCAAAUCAUCUGGUAAAGAAUUUGGAAUAAUUUUGUUGUAAGGUUUCUACCCCAUGGCAUCCAUAAGCAGGACCCCUUGAAUGCUGUGGCUGUCAACUCCACAUAUGCACCAACUGGCUGCUGUGUAAAACUGCAAAUUCAUGACAUUUUUUUCAUUUAAAAUAUGGUAAUGGGUCUCCAAGCUUCUUGUCUCAACUUGCAAAGUAAUCAUGCACGUGAAUCUUUUCUGUGUUGAAAUUCUUCUUUGUCUUCAGCUAGACAAAAGUCCAAAUUGGCUUCCAUCAAGAAAAGAGAAGCCAUUAGAAUCCCUCUAACUGCAGCCAAAAUUGUCACAUUAUCUUUUUCUUUUCUUCCUUAUCUCUCAUGAAAACCUCCAAAACUAAAAGCCGGUGGCGGUGAGCUCUAUCUAAAGAUGGUUUGCUCUUUGUCUGCUGCUCUUUCCUUCCUUUCCCCAAAAGAGAAUUCAUGGCAUCAGCUUUUGUUGUAUCAAUGUCCAAUCCAUGUCAUUUUUCAGCUCUUUUGCCAUCAAUAGGCUAACACGUAAACCAAGUGUGGGUCCUCUCAUCCAAUGCAAAAAUAGUUUUCUCUGUCAAAUUAGGGUUCAAUUUAAGCUGCCUAAAUGUCUGCUACUCUUCCUUUGUUUUCUGAUUUUUAUUAAGCUCAAUAUCAAAUAUAUAUGUUUGAAAUUCAAUUUGUUUUAACAAUUAUCAAUACCUAAAAAAAUUAAAGUAGGCUGAUAGCUUUCAACUUCAUGGAUCACGCCUUUGAAUUAUGGAAACCUAGCAUCAGCAUAGCCAAUGGAUAAGAUUGACAGAUAGACGAAUUUGUUUGACUUUUCAACCCUACUGGCCGCCCUAGUAACAUCAGUUUUUGAUCCUUGGUUGGUUCAUGCUAGCAGAAUCAAACCUGAAAAACUUCGAAGGCAAUUGUAAUGAAGCAGUCCUACCCAUUUACCAACAUUAGCCAUAUCUUAUUUUGCAUGAUCCAGUGAACAUCAAACAGGUUUCUUCCUUGGUCCUAAUGUUAGACUUUUCACCAACAUAUGGAUUUAGUUUGGCUUUGAUCUUCAGACAUCAUGAAAAAUUUAUGUGGAUGAGGAAGUAUCAAUCUACAUCCCCGAAAAAGAAUGAUGAUAAAAUCAAGGAAAUCGACUAAAACCUGCCUUAAGACAACUGAAUUAAAAUCAUUGAACCAACAAAUUUGGAUUUUAUUUUUCAUUCCAUAAAUAUGAUUGUGAUGGGUUGCUUCAUUUGUCUGCAGGGAGGUAAAGCACUGAUCAUUAUUUCCAACGGAGGAGAGCAUUAGUUUUAUAAACUUUGGAAGGUGAUAAUGUGCUAGGAAAAACAAAAUUAGCCAAAACAAUUAUUCAGUAACAGAUGAUAGUUGAAUUCAAAUUAAAGAAACAUAGACAUAGAUUCUUUAAAAAGAAAACCUAAUAAAAGGAGAAUUUGGUGAAGAUUUUACAGGCCUUCAGCUGGUUUCCUUGUUGUUCUCUGGUUCACUACUACUAGGUGGUACUGGGAUGGGAUUCCAUAGUUGCUGAAAUAGAUUGUUUUAGUUUUGUCAUAUAGCAUUAAAAACUUUAUUGUUUUCAGUUCAUUUGAGAAUGUUUUUGAUAUUC